AUGGGACGGGCUUCAUUUGAGUAUGAUGAAGUGGGUAAUACAUUUUACUACGUUCUUGUUUCCUUUUACGCCAUUAUUCUUCUACCAUCCACUUACUUCUUCUUCCCUACAGGAAAAGUUGAACAAGUUAAAGUUGAUGAGCAUGAAUGUCAGUGCCAUGGUUGCGUGAAAAAGCGGCAACAAAAGGAGGCAAAUCGACCAUGGAAAAGGACAAAGAAAAUCUUAACUAUUGUCAUUCUUCUACUAGCAUGGGUUGUGUUUGCACUAAUAGUGAAGAAAGUGACAGAAAUUGAAGUAACUCAUGAAGAAUAUAAUCCUUAUGCAAUUCUUGGUCUAGAUCAGCAUAUCGCGAGCUUUCAAAAAAACUUCAUCCUGACAGGGGCGGUAUUUUGCCUUAUUCUCAUUCAGUUCAUGGAUUCCUCUUUGUUUUUAAAUCCCAUUACAAUUUUUUCAGCAACAACGUUCGGUAUUGCAUUGCCGAAAUGGCUGGUGAGCAAAGAAUAUGGGUUGUGGGUACUGGCUUUUUACGGGCUUUUAUUCAUGGUUAUCUUGCCAGUAGCUGUGGGUAUUUGGUGGUAUAACUCGAUAAAAUACAAUGUUGAUAAAGUGUUGUUGGACACAACGCAGCUGUUCUACUACUUUUUGCAUAAAACUCCAAAGAUGGAAAUCAAUCGUAUGUUGAUGCUGCUGGGAGGGGCGUUCGAAUUUUGGAAGCAGUACAAUAAAGAAAUCAUCGAAAGAGAAACGGACGAUGUUGAAUUGACUCGGCGAAUGAAAUCGCUUCCGAAUCUUGGCGAAAAUAAAAAGGAACGUCCACUUUCGCUUCCCUAUUCACUCAAAGCUCGAAUUCUAAUCCAUUCUUAUCUCACUCGUAUUCCAUUGGACAAUGAAGGGCUCGAGUAUGACCAACGUUAUGUGCUUCUUCGUGUGCUUCGCCUUACCGAAGAAAUGAUAUCGAUUUCUCAGCAACUAACAUUUUAUUCUCAGACCAAAGUACCCAUAGAAACUUUGGAUAACCUGCUGCGACUACAGCCAAUGUUUGUGCAAGCCUUAUGGCCGAAGAAUAGCCCUUUGCUCCAACUACCACACAUCACUGAUCACAAUCUUCCCUAUCUUAGAAAAGGGCGUGUAUAUUCGUGCGGAGAUUUAGCGGCAUUAGACGGAGAAAAGCGACGUGCUCUUCUCAAGUCCUUAUCAGACGAAGAAUAUCGUGAUGUACUUGUAGUACUGUCCUCCAUGCCACGACUAUCUAUCCAAACUACUGUUGUUGUGGAAGGAGAAGACGAUGCAUUCGAAGUUACUGCUGGCUGUGUUGUUACCAUCAAGGUUUCACUCCAAAGAACGAGUUUAUUGGAUCCAAUUGUAGGUUUUCCCCAAGGUACUUAUGCACUCCAAACUCAUCGAUUUAUGAACUAUGUGACUCGAAUUUUCGCUUCAUUGCUGACUGAAAGGCGAAUAUUACAGAAGAAGAAGCCUUGGGAGAAAAAUCGUCCGCAAAAGAAGAAAGGCGGUGGAAAAAAGAAACCUCAAAAACAACAAGUUAAGAAAGUGAGUUUGAUAUGUAGUACUUUUUUUUUUGAAACCCUCAAAAAAUCCUUUCUAGGUAGUCGCACCAGCGCCGGCAAGAAGUUGUGUUUUCAGGUCAAUUUGGAUGCGAAAUCUCAUAAAACGCAUCUGGUUCAUUGCCCACAUUUUCCUUCAGAGAAAUAUGAGUGGUGGUGGUUAGUGUUGACUAUGUGGGAUAAAAAACAGCGUCGUCUAGUCUGCCCUACUGUGGCAUGCAAAACAUUGGUCGACGAGCAAACGGUGGAAAUGAGGUUUUCGGCACCGCCAGUGAAGGGCAUAUUCAAUUAUCAGCUAGCAGUUCGGUCAGAUUCAUAUAUGGAUUGCGACUACAACAAAGAUAUUAAGCUUGAAGUGAAAGAAGCAAAAGAAAUAGUGCUACCCAAAUAUGAAGACACCGAAGACGAAGAUGAAAAAGUGUUAGCAUCGAGCGAUGAAGAGUACACAGAAGGAACGGAUUCCGAUGAGGAGUAG